AUGUCGGCGCAAAAACAGCAUAGCAGCACGACGCAGCACGCACAAGUGCCCAGGUCGGCGCCGGAGAUCCAGGCAGACCUCGACGACGUGAAGCUGACGGCGCCGCUCUUUGGGCACGAGUGCUUCGAGGCGGUCCCGCGCGUCGACUCUAGCGUCCGGCGGCAGCUACCCCAAGGCGCGUCCACGACGCUCGACACCGUCAUCGCGGGCAGGGACUUUGCCUCUUCGUAG